AUGACCAAAAUUUUCCUCACCGGUGUAACUGGCUAUAUUGCCGGCGACGCCUUAGCCACCCUGGUUUCAAGGCACCCAAACUUCUCCUACUCUGCACUGGUUCGCAGCACAGCAAAGGCAGAGCAGGUCAAAGCCCAAUACCCGAACAUCCGUAUUGUUCUUGGUGGUCUUGACGACUCAGCACUCCUAGAGCGAGAAAGUGCUGCCGCAGACAUUGUCCUCCGUGGGUCUCCAGCAAGUCUCAUCGGACCAAAUAAUUCGCUAACAUUAAUCAACAAAGAUGCAGCAGAUGCCUCCGAUCAUGCAGGCGCUGCAAAGGCAAUCGCAGCAGGUCUAGUAGCCGGCCACACAAAAGAGAAUCCUGGGUACUGGCUACACACAGGUGGAACAGGGAUUUUAACAUUCGAGGACAGCGACAGCGGUAUCUAUGGCAACAAGAGCGAGAAGGUUUACGACGACUGGGACAGGGUAGAGGAACUCCUCACACUCCCCGACCAUGCAUUCCAUCGCAAUGUAGACCAGCUCGUGCUAGAGGCCGGUUCGAAACAUGCAGAUGUCCUUAAAACCGCCCUAAUUUGCCCGCCGACUAUCUACGGUCGCGGCCGUGGACCAUGCUCGCAACGCGGUCGACAGGUGUACGAACUAGCGAAAGUAACGCUUCAGUUACAAAAAGGUCCGAUCAUUGGAGCAGGGCAGUCGAUCUGGAACAAUGUCCAUGUUCACGAUCUAAGCGAUGUUUAUUCGCUGCUUGUUGAUGCAGCGAUUGCAGGCCGCACUGAUGAGGGGCUCUGGGGUUCUGACGCUUACUAUCUUACCGAGAAUGGGGAACAUGUCUGGGGAGAACUGGCCCAGCAGACGGCAGACGUAGCCGCCAAAAUGGGGUACCUGCCAGAGGCGAAAGCCGAGCCAAUCGAUCUGGAAAGUGCCAAGAAAUACGCUGGCUUUGAGUCGCUCAGCUGGGGGAUGAAUUCGCGUGGUCGUGCCCGACGCGCACGGGAAUUGUUGGGGUGGAAGCCUUCACGCCCCAGUCUGGUGGCUCAGUUGCCGACUAUCGUCCAGAGUGAGUGGCAGGCUCUGCAAUAG